AGUAUGUGAAUGUGUCCUGUCGAGAAUUGGAGUCUGUGCCACUUCUCUUUUGGAGAACAGAACUGGGUGUCAUGCACUGGUGUCUCUCAGUAACUUCUUAGGACCCAGCCUAAUUAUCACUGAUUUGGAGUUAAUAAUCCAUCAAGCUCACUGAUGGGACAUAGCAGGAAGAUAAUAUUCUAGAGUGACUUGCAGAUUUUGAAAAUCCUCUGCCGAAUACACCAUUUAUCCCUCAGGGUGUGUUUGGUGUUUGUCUGGAGAAUGGGGACAAAUUGGUUGCUGCUGUGCACCCUUGUGGGAGUCCUAUUUUUAGGAAUCGUCCCAAAACUUAACGCUCAGGAUGCCCAAGAUUCAGCUGACCUUGUACUCUUAAUUGAUGGAUCAGAGAACAUUGGAGCUGCCAACUUCCCUAUCGUCCUUGAUUUGGCUCUCAGAGUGAUCGAAGGGCUUGAUGUGGGGAGGGACAUGAUCCGGGUAGCCCUGGUGCUGUAUGGUGCUGUCCCAUUGGUACAGUUUGAUCUCAGUAACAAUUACGACAAAGGGGCCAUGCGGAAUAUUGUGCAAAGUCUUAAAUUCUCCGGUGGAUAUGAUUCUAAUCUGGGGGCAGCCUUGGAGUUGGUGAAUGAGAGACUGUUGGGCCCAGAGGCAGGAGGCAGGGCAGAGGAGGGAGUGCCCCAGGCCUUGAUAAUUAUCAGUGCUGGGCAGUCCACUGAUGAUGUCAGUGAGGGUGAGAGGGCACUAAAGCAGGCCAACGUGUUGAUCUUUGGUGCUGCGAUGGGUGAUUCAGCUAGCGCCCAGCUGCAGGCUAUCGCAACCGACAAAAGCUUUGUUCUUUCUGCCCCUGAUGUCAGAACAGGGGCAACUUUGGGUGAUCAGCUACUUCCAUAUAUUAAUGGAGUGGCCCAACGUACCAUUCUGUUACGCACUGAGAUCACAGAAUUGGCUGUUUCGAAAAGAGAUAUAAUAUUUCUCAUUGACAGCAGCAUGGGCCCCACAUUAGUCAAUGCAAUUCGUGAAUUCAUCAGAAAAUUUAUUGACACAAUGCCAAUUGGACCUGACCAGGUGCAAAUAGGAGUGACUAUGUUUUCCAACACACCAAGACUUGAAAUUGACCUGAACUCAUACAGCUCAAAGGAAUCCCUAAUCUCUGCCCUUGCCCGAAUUAAACCUAAACAGUCAGCUGAGGUCAACAUUGGUGCCGCUCUUGACUUUGUAAGAACCAACAUGCUGAUACCUGAAAAAGGAAGCCGCAUUCGAGAAGGUGUGCCCCAGCUUGUGUUGCUGAUCUCAAGCAAAAAGUCCAAAGACAGUGUCCAGCAACCAGCUGAGGCCCUGCAACAAAUGGGUGUCUUGCCCUUGGCUGCUGGCUCUCGGGCUGCGGAAGAAGCUGAACUUCAGCAGAUAGCUUUUGAUAAAAGCUUUGUCUUCAUGUAUAAGGACUUCCGUCAGUUACAGCGCAACCCCAAACAAGUUGUGUCUGCACUAUCAACACUUUCAGGUCCUGUUUCGCCAACUGACCCAGACAUACAAGUCCUGAGUGUAAUUAGGGAUAUUGUCUUCUUGGUUGAUGGAUCCAAUUAUGUUGGAAAUGCUAAUCUGCCUGCUGUACGAGACUUCAUCUCCAGUAUUGUUAACCAGCUGGACGUUCAACCUGACAGAGUACGCAUCGGCCUGAUCCAGUUUGCUGAGGGGCAAAGGACAGAGUUCUAUCUGAAUUCUCAUGACAACAAACGAAAAGUGCUUGAUAACAUCGCUCAGUUAAGAUUAAUGGGAGGAAAUGCAGUGAAUACUGGGGCAGCCCUUAGUUAUGCUCUAAAAAACCAUUUCCAGGAAUCAGUUGGUUCUCGUAGGAGACAAGGAAUCCAGCAGGUCCUGGUACUAAUCACUGGCGGUCCAUCUCAAGAUGAGGUCAGCAGCAUUGCAGACCAAGUAGCACUGGCUGGAGUCUUGACCUUUGCUGUUGGUGUUGGCCAGGUGGAGGAGAGUGAACUGAAGAAAAUUGCUUUUGUUGAAAAUCUGGCAUACUAUGAAAACAGCUUUGCCGACUUGUCAAGGGUUGCUCCAAUAAUUAUGACACCACUUACCACUGUAGUUGGAGAGCCUGUUACUUCUCCUCCAGCUGCCGAUCGUGGUGAGAGGGAUGUCGCAUUUCUGAUAGAUGGCUCUGAUGCUGUUAGAGGAGAUUUUUCAUACAUUCGUGACUUCAUAAUCAAAGUAAUCGAGCCCCUUGAUGUUGCUGGUAAUAAAGUAAGAAUUGCCGUUGUCCAACAUAGUGAGAGACCAACUCCUAAUUUCUUCCUAAACACCUUCAAAACAAAAGAUGAAGUCUUGAGGGCUCUAAGGCAGCUUAGCCCAGUUGGCGGCAGGAGUCUGAAUACUGGAGCUGCAUUAACAUACAUGAAAAACACAAUUUUAUCGUCAAAUUCUGGGGGCAGAGCAGCCCAAAACGUCCCCCAGUUUCUGAUUGUUUUGACUGGAGGAAGGUCAAGGGACAGUGUAAAGGAACCUGCCGGUGCAUUAAAGACUGAAGGAGUGGUACCGUUUGGUAUUGGUGUGAAAAAUGCAGAUUCCAAACAGAUUGCAGCUAUUUCUCACAAUCCAUCAUUUGCCUUCAAUGUGAAAGAAUUCAGCCAGCUUAACACAGUCCAGCAAAAGCUUAAUAGCUAUGUUAGUCUGCCAAAGACACAACUGGAUAUCAUUCUUGAGCAAGCAGAUGGUGGAAAAAAAGAUGUUGUUUUUUUAAUUGAUGGCUCUGACAGCACUAAGGAAAGUUUCUCAAGUGUGCAAAGAUUUAUCCUGCUCUUGGCAGAAAGGUUAAGCUUGGGGCAGAACAGAGAUCGUAUUUCGGUGGUCCAGUACAGUGACAAUGCAACUGUUGAUUUCUUUUUGAACACACACUUCUCAAGGCAAGAUGAAGUUAUUGACAGUAUAAAACACCUGCGCCACAAAGGUGGAGAACUACUUUAUACUGGGGCAGCUUUACAAUAUGUAAAGGAUAACGUCUUUUCGGUCCUCUCAGGGAGCAGACGUUUAGAGGGUGUACCACAGAUUUUGGUUCUGCUGAGUGCAGGACGGUCUAGGGAUGAUGUUAGAGGCCCAGUUAAAGCCCUAAAAGAAAUUGGAGUCUUCCCAAUAAGUAUUGGUACACCAAAUGCAGACACUCUUGAACUGCAGACAAUAUCCUAUCAACCAAAUUACUUUCUUAUUGUUAACUUUGAUAACCUUUUCACAAUUAAAGAGGAUGUUUUGUCUUUAAUAAAAGAAGUAUCAAACAAACAAGUGGCAACCAACAUUCCUUCAGUUUUCGAAUCUAUAAAAAGCGAUGUUGUAUUUCUUGUGGAUGGAUCUGAUGAUGCUAAAAAUGGCUUUGAGGCAAUCCGUGCCUUUGUCCAAAAGAUUGUUGAAAAUCUCAAUGUAGAAGAAAGUGGUGACAGGGUUGCCCUGGUCCAGUACAGUCGAGAUGCUACUGCCAAUUUUUAUCUCAACUCAUAUUCAACCAAGAAUGAAGUGCAGAGUUCAAUACAAUCUGUUAAACACAAAGCAGGAAGGCCACUGAACAGUGGUGCUGCCCUCCAGUUUAUUAAAGAUUAUGUAUUCACUCCAUCAUCUGGAGGCAGACAUCUUGAGGGAACACGUCAGAUACUGUACAUAUUUUCUGGUGGACGAUCAAAUGAUGAUAUCAGAGGUGCUUCUCAAGCAUUAAGGGAAAGUAAAAUAAUAGUCAUUACCUUUGGAACAAGGAAUGCUGAUGCUUUGGAGUUACAGACAAUGUCCUCUACACCAGCAUAUGCCUUCUCGAUCCCUGACUUUAACUUCCUUGACAGCACCUAUGAAAUAGUUGCCUCUAUCACCGGUGUUGAAGAAAGUUCAGUGAAGUUUACAACAUCUGAGGCCAAUCAAUUUCAAAGUAAAGAUUUGAAAAGAGAUAUUGCUUUUCUUGUGGAUGGCUCAGACAAUACUAGAAGAGGAUUUCAAGCAUUACGUGAUUUUUUGUACAAUGUUAUUUCAAAUCUCACUAUUGGAGUAAAUGAGAACAGAAUUGCACUAAUUCAGUACAGCAACGUAGCAGUUGCCAAUUUUCAUCUAAAUUCAUUUCUAAGAAAGGAAGAUGUAUUAAAUGCUAUUAAGGGUCUCACACACAAAGGAGGAAGACUCCUUAAUACAGGCUCUGCUCUUUGGUAUGUUAAAAAUAAUAUAUUUGCUGCAAUUUCUGGCAGUAGAAAGCAUGAAGGAGUCCCUCAAAUACUAAUUGUCCUGUCUGGGGGGAAAUCAAAAGACAGUAUUGAUGAGCCAGUCACUGCCCUCAAACAUGCUGGAGUCUCAAUAAUUGGAAUAGGCACACAAAACACAGAUGCUCAGGAGUUACAAAAAAUUUCAGCUGAAAUAACAUCAUUCUUUGUGGAUGACUAUAAUCACCUACCAAAUAUCAAAGAGAAAGUAGUAGCAGCAUUGAAAAAGGAUUUGUCAAAAAGCACAACAAAAAGUGAAACUGUGAUUGGCAAAAUACAUGAAAAGCAUGAUAUAACACUUCUACUGGAUGGUUCAGAUGGCACAAGGAAUUAUUUUUCAGCAAUGCGUGAUUUUGUUGAAAGCAUUGUGGAGAGAUUGCAUGUAUCAGAGGAGGGAGACCAUGUCUCUGUAGUCCAAUUCAGCAGAGAUCCAGAGGUGCAUUUCUAUCUCAACACAUACGCGACAAAGGAGAGCAUUGUCAACGCUGUUAGAGGUCUGAAGCACAAAGGAGGGAGACCUCUGAACACAGGAAUGGCUCUCCAGUAUGUGAGGGACAGCAUUUUCAGCUCCUCGGCUGGAAGCAGACGUUUACAGGGUGUUCCUCAGGUAUUGAUUUUGUUGAGUGGAGGAAGGUCAUUUGAUAACGUCGACGUGCCAGCCUCAUCCCUGAAAGAGCUUGGAGUCUUGAUCUUUUCUGUGGGAUCAGUAGGCUCAGAUAGCAAUGAAUUGCAGAAGAUCUCAAAUGACCCUAGUUCCACACUCUCAGUGACAGAUUUUACUUACCUCCCUAAUGUACAAGAGCAGCUUCUCUCCAUCAUUAAUACUGCACUUGUAGGAGCCACAGGCAUCUCUCCAACAACAAUAGGUAAGCCGAUCAUUUUGAGGCCUUUUUUUUCCCCAGAGUUAUUUUAAGUUU